AUGGGGUCUACGGCGAUAGUCCUUCCAGGGGACAUCAUAUCUGCCGAUCAACUCCCCAACUCGGCCAAAAGAAAGAUCGGUCGAGGUAUACAGCAGGAAAGCGGUUCAGACAAUUUCACUUCGACCAUUGGAGGACUCCUCGAGGUGGAUUUCCGCAAGAAAAGUGCAUAUGUUCUAACGCCAGAUGCUCGGUACAUCCCCAAGGCCGGCGAUCUUGUCAUUGCCCAAGUCCGUCAAGGAUCGGCUGAUUUCUUCCAUCUUCACAUCAACGCACACUCCCCUCAAGCCGUCCUACCGUCACUGGCCUUUGAAGGAGCCUCCAAGAAGACCCGACCGCAACUCAAGAACGGCGAUGUCGUAUACGCCAAAGUUGUCUUUGCGCAAAAGGGCAUGGAGAUUGAGUUGACGUGCGUCAAUCCCUCGACCGGCAAGUCGGAACCGGAUGGGCUAGGAAAGCUGAAUGGAGGCAUGAUAUUCGACAUCAGUCCAGGUCUUGCGGACCGACUUCUGAGGAAGCAAGGUGUCACUGCUCUUGAAGAACUCGGGUCCAAGCUACAGGGAGGCUUCGAGAUUGCAGUUGGCAGGAAUGGCAAAGUCUGGGUCGACUGUCCUGAGUCAGGAGUCAAGGGAAUUGUCGCGGUUGGAAAAUGCUUGCAUGAAAUGGACGAAUUCGAAUUGACUCAAAAGGAGCAAAAGAAGCUGGCCACAAAAAUCAUCACCGAACUCGAGCGGGGUUGAGGCUACAUGUCUUCCUCGCCCAGACUAGUUUUGGGCAUUUCUCAAAACGUCUGCUGCCUCGAAGAUCAACGAGUUCUAUCACCAAGGAAAGCAUCGCCACGCACAGAAGCAUGGGGGCUAGAGAAAGGCCGGAUUCAUUUGGCCAUCUGUUGGGCUGUGGCCUUUAUCUCUCGCCCAUAGAGGAUGAUAGAAGUCCUUGGGUGCAAGUUUACGAGUCCUUGAUGGACUGUCUGAGAGCAGCAUUAAUUCCAC